GAAAUGAACGGGAGUCAAACCCAACACAUACGUACGCAGAGUUUUGUUGUGUUCGGUCGGUGUGCUAUUUACGUCGUAAUUAAAGUGAGAGCAAAAAUACUAGCGCGUAAUUAAUUAAUCAAAUUUGUACGACUUUGCUGAAAGGUGUGCAAAUUGGUUUGUUUUUAACGCGCGGUGAUGCUGAAGUGGUUGCUGACGUCGCGGCAAAAAUUGAUGACGUCGCGUUUCAGCCUAAAAAGGCGUUGACAAAACAAACUUGAAAACGGAACGCAAAGCAAAUGCAGACAUAAAAGCACAACAACAGCAACAGCAAAAACAACACAAUAACAAGAAAAAGAAAAAGAAAGAGCAACUAUAAAAUUCUGUCUAAAACGUAGAUACGAUAUAAGCAAAGCAGAAGUCGAUAAAUUAUAUUGUUUAAACAAAUAUUCAACGAUACUCGUAUUCGCAUUCGUGUGUGACUGUGUGCGUGUGUUUCUGCAAUAUAAGAUUGUGCAAGUGUGCGAAUCAGAAAUAGAAUUUACAUACGAACGCGACACCCACACAAAACGUACGGUAAAUGCAGCGCCGCAAAAAUGAGCAGCAUAACGCUAAACGAAAUGGUCAACGUGACACAGCUGGAUUUACACGAUCUAUUAGAAACUUUCGAAAAAAAAUCAUUCGAGGCGGUAGCCUUUGAGGAAGGCACAACGGAGUAUGCCAUCUCCAAAAAAUGCGAAUUUCUGUUCAAGCUCGACUAUAGCCUCAUUGAGCUGGACAAUUCGAACGGGCUGUUGAGUCCGCGCUAUCCUGGACGCAUACUCAUACCGGAAUACGAGCAUGGCCAUAUGGCCAAGACACUGAUACCGAACAAUGGGCUAGUUGGCGGCGGAGGGUCAACGGGAACAACGGCAACGGCAACGCCGCUGAACGGAAGCGCUAGCAGCAAUUGUAGCAACGGCUCCAAUGCUGGUGUUGGCAUUCAGGCCUUUGUGACCUUUGCCAAUCCGUUGCAGACGCCACAGUCGCAUCCCCAACAGCAGUCGAUGCCGCAGGCGCCGCACCAGCAGUCGCAGCAGAACACAAUCUACGAGGAUCAGUAUGAUAUACAGCGCAUACGGGAGCUGGUGACCAUGGCGAAGUAUGCGCGCUGCAGGCAGCGUUUCGCAGUGCCCGUUAUAAUGUAUCGAGGCAAAUAUAUCUGCCGUUCGGCCACACUGUCCGUGAUGCCGGAAACGUACGGCCGUAAGGUUGUGGAUUACGCCUACGACUGCCUCAGCGGCAACUACGCCGCGCCCAAUGGCGAGGAGAAUGAGGCGGACACCACGGACGAGUCACUAAUCAAUCACAUCAACGAUCAGGCACAGUCGCAGUUCAGCUACGAUGAAGUCAUCAAGAGCGACAUCCAACUGCUGAACACACUGAACGUGUCCACCAUAGUAGACCUCAUGGUAGAGAAUCGCAAAAUCAAAUACUUCAUGGCCGUCUCUUCGUCAGAGAAGGCGGAUCCGAACAAGCACUAUAAAGGCUUUAACCUGCUAUCGCUGCCGUACCCGGGCUGUGAGUUUUUCAAGAAGUUCCGGGACAACAAUUACAUGGCCAAGAAUUUACACUACAACUGGAAGCAGUCAUUUAACGAUGCCAACAUCAAUAUACCCAAUACGGGACCCGCCGCCGACAUUGACAUUAUUUGGCCAGAGUACAGGGACUGGGAUCUGGUCUCCAUUACGCAAAACUAUCUGCGUGCCACGCUUAAGUAUAUUCAGGAGGAUAACUCAGGGCUGCUCAUACACUGCAUAAGUGGCUGGGAUCGCACGCCCCUCUUCGUCUCCCUGGUGCGUCUGUCGCUCUGGGCCGACGGCCUCAUCCAUCAGUCGCUGAACGCCUUGCAAAUGGCGUACUUUACACUCGCCUACGACUGGUAUUUAUUUGGCCAUCAGCUGCCAGAUCGCCUCAAGCGAGGCGAGGACAUCAUGUUCUUUUGCUUUCACGUCCUCAAAUUCAUCACCGACGAGGAGUUCAGCAUUGUAGAGCACCGCAAGCGCACGAAGACGUCCAGCAGCAGCGGCAGCAGUGUCAUUGUCAUCAAAUCCGACUGCUGCGACGACGAGCCACUCAAGGAAGAUUACAUUUUGGCCUUCGAUCAAGACAGCAACGAUAGCUACUCAAACUGUUCCAACUGUGAUAUGUCCAUAACAGAUAACUUCUAUGCCACAACAACAACAGCCGCAGCAGCAGCUGUAGCAGCGACUGCGCCACCAACGCUCGUUAAUCCGCUCACCAGUCGAUCCCCGAAUCCGAAGCGUUCGCGCACUAGCCCAAUUUCAGUGCCUGGCUCGAAUGCGCGCCAGCGCCAGGAGUCGACGUCAUCGAACGGCAGCUGGCAGGUGGUCACAGACACCGGAUCCAUUGACUCCAUGAUGAAUGGUAGUUACAUGAUGCGCUUUGUCUCGCAGCAGCAUCAACCACAGCAUCAGCAGACGGACAACAUUCCAAUGUUCAAUGGCGGCAACGGAUAUCAUUGCAGCACAGCCACGCCCAGCGCCUAUCCCAGUGCCAGCGGCAGUAGCAACAGCAACAGCAACAUGAGCAACAUGAGUAACAAUAGCAACAGCAACAGCAACAGCAACAGCAACAGUAGCAAUAACCCGCACGGUUUCGUUAAUGGUUCCUCCAAGGAUGCGGCCAGUGCCAGCGUAGCAGCCUCCAAGCAGAGCAUUAAUUUACGCAAGCAACGGUUAAACGCUGUACGGGCGAUUUUCAUACAAGCCUAUGGCAAAACGAUUGGACUGAAAUUCAAGGAAGGCUCCUCAAUGAAUCUGGCCACGUUUAUUGGCAAUUUGGCGGAUCAGCUAUUUUAGUUUGUUUAGCUGAUAACUGGACUAAAUCUGGAACUAGAAAUUGAACUGGAACUGGAACUGAAAUGUGCACCCGUUGAAAGUAUGCCACAUGAUCAUAUCCACAAGGAUCGAGCGAUUCGAUGGACAGACUGCUGGGAUUGUGGCUUUGUUGUUUGUUAGUUAGCCUUGUUAGUGCUGCGCUUUUUUACCAUGGACUGUAUUUUGUAGACAUGUUGAAUUACGUUCUUUGUGACUUGUUGAUAAUAAAAUGGAAAACAAAUGCGAAAA